GAAUUAAUAUAAAUAAUGGAUAGAAAAAAGGUGAUGCCCGUCUCGCAGCCAGUGCGUGCCAAGAGUUUGUUACGCGCAAACUUGGAGAAGCCUCGCACCAGUGGCUACUUACAAAGCAGAAUGCCCAACAUUAAGGUCUUCAGCGGCACCUCGCAUCCGGACCUGGCGCAACGCAUCGUGGACAGGCUCGGCAUCGAUAUCGGCAAGGUCGUCACCAAGAAAUUCAGUAACCUCGAGACAUGUGUGGAAAUUGGCGAAUCCGUACGAGGAGAAGAUGUCUAUAUUAUACAGAGUGGCAGUGGAGAGGUCAAUGACAACCUGAUGGAAUUGUUGAUCAUGAUUAAUGCUUGCAAAAUUGCGUCUGCAUCUCGAGUAACUGCUGUCAUUCCCUGCUUUCCAUAUGCUCGACAAGACAAGAAGGAUAAGGGAGGUGAUGGUGGGGACAAGCAAGACUCAACUAAUAAGAGUCAGUUUGUCAUGAAGUCGAACGAGUGGAAAUUCAGGGACUUUGUGCCCGACCUGUCAACAAGUCGAGCGCCCAUUUCAGCCAAAUUAGUGGCGAACAUGCUGUCUGUCGCCGGUGCCGAUCACAUCAUAACCAUGGAUCUGCAUGCCAGUCAGAUUCAGGGCUUCUUUGACAUUCCCGUGGACAACCUGUUUGCCGAACCGGCUGUUCUCAAGUGGAUCAAGGAAAACAUCACUGAAUGGAGAAACAGUACCAUCGUCUCUCCUGACGCUGGAGGCGCCAAACGAGUAACAUCUAUUGCUGACCGAUUGAACGUUGACUUCGCUCUUAUUCACAAAGAGAGGAAAAAAGCCAAUGAGGUGGCAAGCAUGGUGUUGGUAGGAGACGUGAAGGAUCGCGUAGCUAUCCUGGUUGAUGACAUGGCUGACACGUGUGGAACGAUCGUUCACGCCGCCAAUAAGCUUGUCGAUGCCGGCGCUACUAAAGUUUAUGCAAUCUUGACUCAUGGCAUCUUCAGUGGUCCAGCCAUCAGCAGGAUCAACAACGCUUGUUUUGAAGCCGUUGUUGUUACCAAUACCAUUCCUCAGGAUAAACACAUGAAGGAAUGUUCAAAGAUACAGUGUAUUGACGUUUCGAUGAUGUUUGCUGAAGCAGUCAGGCGGACCCAUAAUGGCGAAUCCGUGUCAUAUUUAUUCUCAAAUGUACCAUAUUAAAUCGUACGCCUCGCUACGUACGCACCGCAUAAAACAAUCUUAUUGUACGUUAGUGAUUUAUGUUUAAUAUCAGAUGAAGUUUAAAAAAGAGUGAGAUAGAAAAGAGCAACUUGCCAGAGUGACUAAUUUCUAUGAAAAAUGACGCUGUUUAGAAAGUCACAACAAAAAAUCUUCGAAACCUUCAUGACACCUCAAUAGAAGUUUUUGUUUCAUUUUUUUUCUUUUUUGUUGUUCAUGAGGUUACGAGGCAUUUUCUGCUCCAAUAAUCUCGGCUCAAACAAAUUAUUACAUGAAAAGAGAAAACUCGUUAAAAAUUGUACCGCCAAUGCUCAUCUGUAAAAAAUUACAAGUGUAUGUAAAUUUUCUUCAAUUUAUUGAUAACAUAGUUCACGAAAAUUCAUUAUUCGUUUAACGUUUGUACAGUGUUAAAAACUUACGUGUUGAAAAGCUCUACUAAUAUAAUCAAGAGAAGCAAACACUUACGUAAGCACUGAACUGCCUGAAAGCUCGUUUUUAUUUGCAUUUAAUUUAACAAAUGAUACAAAUUGGUGGUACGAACUUUUUCUCCAUUAUAUAUAAAACAUCAUAAGCUGAGUCGUCAUAAUUUUAUCAUUAGGCACGAACGUUUUAUAUUAAGUUAGCAAUGUUACUUGCAACAGGCAUAAUCUUUUCUUACUUCAGUUUUUGACGAAAAAUAUAAUUUCUGAUCAUUUUCAAAAUGUUUUGAUAUGAAUUAUUAUCAACUUUUUACACCUCCAAUUUUCAUAGAAAGAAAAAACUAAAAAGAUCAUUUUAAAUAUUGAUUUGUUUAUAAAACCUAUUACUUAACAGGGUCACGUCCUGUUAUAGUAGUGUUUGAUUGAUAACUAUAUAGUUAUAAACUAUUGUAAAAUAUUGGUAAAUCGUAUAAUAUUUUAAAGGCAGUCAACUCACAAAAUGAAUUAUAUCUUUUUAGAUAUUGAAAAUAUUUUUCAAUUUUUUUUACAAUUGUGAAAUCACAUAGUAAAUAUUUUGUUAUAAAAUUACCCCUAC